AUGGAGGAAAGCGGAGAGCUCUCUGCAGAGGGCUCUGCACACCAUGGGCCUCUGUGGGUUAGGCGCCGCCUGCGGGAACAGCAGGCCGAGCAGUCCAAUGCACAGGACAUACAGAGCCUUUCUGACGAACGCGCUAAAGCGUUGCUGGAGUACAGAGCCCGGUGCACCUCUGCGCGUUUUUGGAUUCAAAGUCAGUUGUUGGAUUUGCGUGUUGGUGGACUUCCUCCUUCCAGCUCGUUGGGGGGGGCUAGUGGUGGUUCCCAGCCAUCGUCUCCCGCAGCAGUGGCGGCUGCCGGAGGGGCUGUUUCGAGUGGUGUCUGCAGCAAAGGGUCGGAUCCAGGAGUGGUCGGCGAUCUCCCGAGCCUCAUGCGGCGCUACCUGACGUGUCCUCUGCUCUCGAAACUGCUGCAACAGGAUCCUCUCCUGAGCGGCAAGCUGGCCACCCUCGAUCACGUGUUAUGGCAGCGACGCUCCAAGCAUGAGCCUCCGACUUCGGGGUGGAUGGGGCAUGACUCGGCCUGUCCGGAUGGUUGUUCUCUCGGCUUGCCGUUGGCGAGUACUGAGGCUGUAGGCCCCUCCCCAGCUGGUGGUGGAGAAGCAGCGCAGGUUGGUACUGGUGCCAACGGCAGCUGCAGCAGUGCCUCCUCCCGAACGAGCACGGUGGAUUCAAUGCCAGCGAAUGAAGGAUGCUCCGCGGACUCACAGACAGCACCGAGUGUCGAAGAUGAAAGCAGGCCUGUAACGGCGUGGGUGUCAUGUGUACAAUGUAUGGAGCACUUUGCCUACAUCGCGGCUUCCCUCUUAGUUUUCCUCAAACCGUCAGAACUGAGGGACCUUGCCGUGGAGAGGCACGCCGCGCAGUGCUGUGGCUUUGUCUUCUGUGGGAGGCGCAAUGUCGCGACACCCGAAAAACGACGCGCAGCCCUGUGGCGGUGGACUUUAGACUUUCGGGGGGGCAGCAAGGCGCUUUCGGAGGAUGAGCUCGUGCAGUUUUGCUGCAGCCGCUGCUGUAACCGGCAGCAGCAGCUGCUGCGUCUUUUGGACGAAGAGCCUAUGUACUCCAGGCCAGGCAUCAAGGAGUGGAUCGGGGAUGCGCUGCAGCGGAAGGCUGCCUACAUCCCGCAUCCGCAUGGCUUGUCGGAGUUGCACCCCGCCGAGGGGGAGAUGCCGCCGUGUGCGACUGAGGAGCCUCAGGCGGGAGACUCCAAGCUGCCUGAUGCCUCUGCAGCAACUGGCCUGCUUGACAGGCAGCUUGGUCGGAAUGCGGGUGGUUCUGUAGGGGCUGCCAUCGGGAUGGAGGACCUCGUGGACGAAGGCGCGGGGAGCUUGGUGGAGCCGCUUCUGGAGCGGCAGACGUUCGGCAUUUCUUCUUCCACCAAGCCGUCCAGCAGAGACUUUACCAAGCAGUUCGGCAGCUUGGAGUUGGACACGUUUCGCGUGCCUGUGACUGUCGAAGACGAUGACGAGAGCAGCACAGAUGAAACGCCUCCUAAAAGUGUAGACAGUCAGCAGGGGCGUGAGGCUUCCGCGCAGGAAGAGAAGGCUGCUGCUGCUGUAGCAGCGCGCGUUGGCGGUGCCUCGGCGAGCAGGGGCAGCGCAGUCACGAGCAGCCCCUCCUUCUUGAUGCUGGACUAUGGUUCUGCCUCGAGUACUCCUGAAGGUGCAAGUGCAUGCGUCGAUGAGGCCCUUCUUGGACGCAACGCAUCGUGCAGUCCCAGUCGUACAGGAGCCACCGAUCCCGCCGAGCCCGGACUUACCCCCACACUCCCUGUUGUGCAGAGGGAGGCAGUGGCUCCCUGCUUGGCGCGAUGCUCGCGUGCGUGUUCGAGCAAACUUGAAGAGGCUCUAGUGGGAUCAGAAAAGCAGCCGCAAGGGCACCGGCGUGAAGCGAGUCCGCCCAGCCUCCCCGCCACAGCAAACACACGGCCGACUGAGCACCCCUUAAGAUCGCGCAGCACACGAGUGCGCUUUGCAGACGAUGACGAUGACGGCGCGGACGGAGCGCUGGAUGGGGACUCGGCUGUGUGCUUCUUCAAGCACUUUUUGAAUAUGCAGGACGAGGACGACGGGCUGCGGUUUUACAGUAACACAGAACGCCAUACUACAGAGCGCCAAGCGGCAUUAUCUGGUGCCCCUCCUGCUGGCAGUCAUGCUCGCAGCGGGGGAGCAGGCGAGCUGCGAAGCAUCCUGAAGCCCGCCACGGAGCCGCUAGACCCCACGCCAUCCCCUGCGGAUUCCGCUGCCGAGGUGCAGGUGGGUUACAUGCGCCUCUCAGACGUCGUGAUUGCAUUCGACUUAUUGUCAUCCUGCUGCACCGAUGCCUCCGCCAGAUUUCUGCAGACUUACCAUCGCCGCUUCUGCACGUGCGCGUGCGAGGGGGCCGCGCCUGCUGCUGAAGAGGCCGCUGCCAACCACUCGGAGAGCGAGGAGCCUCUGAAUCGGGCAGCGGUUCCGGGAGAAGGGGGGUCGCGGAGCAUGCACGCCAGAAAAGCCAACCCAGGGGAUGAAUCCGAUAGCAUGUCGUGCUUGGACGGGGAGUCAGGCGACGAGAUUGAGCCAACCGAGCUGUGGAAAAGGCGACAGCAGCAGUUGCUCAAGGGGAUUCUACGCAGUCUGCCGCCUUCGGCUAAUGGCUUCAUUCGUCUGGUCACAGAGCUCUGCGAAACCUUUCAGCCGCUUCAGCGGCGACCGCCCCCUAGCAGCCCGCACGCGAAGAGGGAAGGGUCUGAAACCGCUGAUGUUGCUACAUCCUUUUAUUUCGAUGACGCACUGACUAUUGCAAGGGAAGAGGAUGUAGGACUCGAAUUGGUGGACUUCGUGCGAUCUACCAUACAUCAGUCGGCGCCGUGUACCGGCCCCGUUCGCCCGAUCUGUGGAGGCAGUGACGGCUCCAAUGCAGCAGAGGCAGCUGAGGAGCCUGUUCACCAUCCAGAGGAAAGUGCUAUCCAUGCGCUGCUGGAGUCCAUUUUCUCUCGCAUGUCACACCCAAUCAUACAAUUGUGCGAGACAGCCCGCGCUUCUGUUCUGCCUGCCCAAUAG